AGGCUGUUGACCGAUGGAUAUACAGACGAAUGACUGAAGAGAACGUCGGCGUUGCUCCGCAAUUUUACCGGAGGAAGGGAGAAAGUUUAGCAUCGGUAUAUAAAAGACAUGACCGUGACUUUGAGAGCGUCACAACGUCAGGUAACACAGGCUUGCAGAUUAUUCUAAUCCGGAUGAAAACAAUCACUUAAACUCAUAUGCAGUUUGAAACUUAAACCGUUGCAAUGCAUAUUAUCAUUUUAAUUGCAGCCAUCGGCAUGGUAGCAGCAAGCUACGAAGAAAAUCACGGAGAUUCAACAUAUCAUGAAACUCAAAAGCCAGUAGAAAUCCCAAUUUAUAAGAAGUACGCUAUUCCUAUUCCGCAUCCAAUCCCAGUAUCAGUGGCCCAACAAAUCAAAGUGCCAAUUCCCCAGCCUUACCAGGUGCAGGUUCCAGUGCCUCAUCCGGUACCAGUUGAAGUUGUAAAACACGUUGAGAUCCCUGUAGAAAAACAUGAACCCUAUGUUGUUGAGAAAAAGGUGCCAUACGUAGUCGAGAAGCCUUACGCUGUGACCGUAGAAAAACACUUUCCAGUGCCCAUUCCAAAACCGUACCCAGUGCACGUACCUAUUUAUAAACACGUAUUCCAUCAUCAAAGUAAAGGUUGAGAUCGCUGAAAUUGGACACAACUAAGAGAUAAUGAUAAAUAAAUAUUUCUUCUUAUAAUAUAGUUUUUAGUGUAUUUAUUUAUAUACUCGAUGCUGUUCAAAGUCCUUAGAAUGAUUAUUUAUAUUAAACAAUUAUCUAUUAGGCCAAUUGCCAAAAAAUUACGCAUGUUUAAAAUUAUAUCUAUAAUCAUUGAAACAUGCCUACAUAUUUUAUAAAAAUUCUUUAAGCACAAAAAGUGUUUGUUAUGACUGCAUCUAACUUAAUAGAAAAGAGAAAAAGAAUCCAAAUGUUUGAAGCUGAUACUCGACUAGUAUAAAAAAAGCAACAUUUGUAUCUGUGAGUAAUAAUUGCAAAAAAUUAAAACGGUUUGACCACGAGGUAGUGUUCAACAGAGAGUACACAUAUAACGCCUAAUGACAUCCGUAAAAGCAGAGGACUCUGACAGAAUUUGAUAAGCAGAAAAAAGGCUUAACUUUAUAAUUUUGUAUUAUCGAACUUUCAAGUGUAUAAUCUGACGCAAAGUCCAUAACAAACUUUGCUCAUUUAUCUAUUGUUUCUGUGACAUGAACUUGCGAACUAGAUUAUUUACUUCUUAGUGUCGCACAUUAUGUUUUGAUGAUAUUAUUUAAUCGCAACUAAAGCAGUGUUGCGAAUAAAAGAUUCAUUUAAUCUACUUAAUAGCUAUACAUAAAAUCCUAUACUGAUUUUCUUAUAUCCAAUGUGUACCUUAUAUAUAAAUUAAAUUUAUUCUGAUGCCAAUUUAAAAAAAUAUGUAGUUCUAUGAACAAAUGUAUUUUUGCAAUUGUGUAGAUUAAGGUUGUCAUUAACGAUCACGCAAACCUUUUAAAACAAAAAUGCAGUUUUUGUAUUACGUAGAAUGAUUUAUACGAAAAAAAA